AUGUCCGACCCUGCGACCGCCGAGGUUCCCCAGCCUUUCGCUUUCCCGUCCGCCUCCGACGAGGCGCCUGCAGCAGCUCAAGCACCUGCUCCUGCGCCCGAGGCUGCGCCCGCACCCGCGCCGGUUCCUGCGCCGCCUGCCGUCGUGGCCGCGUCGUCUUCCCAGGAGGGUCCUGCUCCCGAGCUCGGUGGUGGCUUGCCUCCCCAGGUUGCUGAGCACCUGCAGCAGCACGCGACGCCGCAGCCGCCGCAGCAGCCUCCUCAGCCGCAGCAGCAGCAGCACGUUCAGCAGGUUCAGGCUCCUCCGCCACCGCCUCAGAUCUUGCACACGCCGAACCCGGCCUACGACGUCGGCCCUCGCCACCCGAACGACGCUGCGCCUGGACGUGUGACAAAGGGAGGCAGUCUGCUCACCGGAGGCUACCUUGCUAACAAGAUCUACGUCGGCAACUUGCCCGAAAGUGCGACUCUUGCGGAUCUGGAGGAUUGCUUUGGCCAGAUCGGGGCUUGUACUUGCGUCAUCAAGCGCGGCUUUGGCUUUGUGGAAUAUGUCGACCCUGCUCAUGCUGCUGAGGCUGUCGCCAAGUACAAUGAGGGACACUUCCUUGGCUCGCAGAUCAAGGUUGAGUUGUCGCUAGCCCGUACGCCUCUGCCGAAGGACGAAGUCGCAAAGACUCGUGGCCCCGGCAGCGACAGGUCUUCUGACGGACGCAAGCCCAUGUACCAGAACGGCGGCGACAAGGGUCGCGGCAGGGGACGCAACGGCGGAGGAGACUACGGUCGCUACCCUGGUCCUCCUGGGCCUGGCUACGGACCCUACGGCCAGCGCUUCGACGAGCCGCAUCCUCCCUACGACCGCCCUGGCUACGGACCUCCUCCUCCUCGCGAGUUUGACCGCUACGGACCUCCGCCUCCUCGCGGUGACUUCCGCGGCCCUCCUCCGCCGGCAGGCUAUGGUCCUCCGAUGGACCGUCCGCCCUACGACCCGUAUUACGCCGGCGCGCCUCCUCCCGCGUACCCUCCUCCUGCGGGCGCUGUCCCAGGCUACCCUCCUCCGCCCGUCGCUGCUCCCUACGACCGUCCCGCCUACGCUCCUCCUCCUCCUGUCGCAGCUCCUGGCUCGCGUGACCCGUACGCCGACCGCUACCCCGGCGCUGCGGCUGCGAGGUCUCCUAUCGUCCCGCCGCCGGGCGCUCCCUACGGCGCGCCUCCGCCUCCUCUGGACCCGUACGGCCGACCACCGAUGGACGCUGGCGCUCCUCCUCCUUCGAGCGCUUACGACCCGCGAGACGAGCGCGGCGCUGGAGCUCGCUACCAGCCUUACCCGCCCAGGGGCGACCGCGAUGCCUACGGUGCCGGCGGCCGCUCUCCCGCUCGCGGUGGCAACCCGAUGGAACGCCGCCGCUCGCUCUCGCCUCGUCGCAACGGUGCUCCGCCUGACCCGUACGGACGCGACCCGUACGCCGCCGGUCCUCCUGGUGGCUACGCGCCGUACGACGCGCGCGCUCCGCCUCCGCCCGGCGGUGGCUACGGCGGCGCUCGCUCGCCGCCUCGGUACCCGCCUGUCGACGAGUAUGUCCCGAGGCGGUGA